AUGAUAACGAAGGACUAUGGCGUCUUUCUUACCCCCACUUUGGUAACUUAUGCGGCCAUGGCUGCUCCAGAAUUUAGCGGGUUCCUUCCCCUAGUCUCUGCGAAGAAGAACCGCGCAGGCUUUGACAAAAGCUUGCAUGCUCUGGGCCUCGCCAGUAAGAUUGGGGUGAAUAUCUGUUUUGGAACGGAUCUAUUGGGGCCCUUGCAUUACGCCCAUAGUAAAGACCUCGCCAUUCAGAGCACUGUGCAGUCAAAUUUGGAAAUCCUUCGAAGCGCUACUACCACUCCUGCCCGGGUGCUGGGACAGGAUAGCUUCCUCGGUUAG